UCAGCAGCUCGAAAAUUUAUUUCAACAACAUUCCGUAAAACAAUUGCUGAAACAGUUAUGCCACACUUAUUUGCUCUUAAUGCAUUUUUACGUGAAAAAAGAAGUCCGUUGACUGAAUAUUGUUAUGGCGUCAUUCUAGAAAUUUGUCGUGAUCAUCAAGAACAGUUGGACGAUUUUUUGGCUUCUGAUCCACAAUUAAAAGCAGAAAUUCGUUUUGAUUUGCGGCAAACUGCUGGUGGAGGUGGACAACAAGGACAACAGCAACAAAAAGAAAAGGAAAAUCGAAAUAAUAAAAGGGGAGGAACGCCGAGAAGUGAACAAAAAAGAAAUCGAAAACAACAAAAACAAAUGCACCAACGUUCAUUUUCACAAACACCUGGACGUGAAAGAAGUGUUGAUUAA